UUCUGAUAACCUGAAGGUUGCUCCUCUGCUCUCUGGUUCGCAGCUUCUCAUUUUGCUUUCCAAUGGCUACCAUCACCAUCUCUUCACUACAAACCUUUCCUUCUCUGCACUCUCUUUCUUUGAAUUCUCCCCAAAAUACCCCCACUCUCUCAUUCUAUUCACAGUCAAAACCCUUCCCUUCCAUCUCCUUAAAAUCCUUCAAUACAACACUUAAAUCUAAACCUCGCUCUUUAAGUAUCACUGCAGCUUUCAAAACCCUCUCAGAGACGGAGUUAAUUACUGUCCCAUUAACGGCAGAUGAGUUUAACUCAAAGAUGCCGUCAGAUUGUGGCGUUUACGCUGUUUAUGAUAAAAGUAAUGACCUUCAAUUUAUUGGUGUCACUCGGAAUAUUGGGGCCAGCGUUUUCUCUCACCUGAAAUCCGUGCCGGAGCUAUGUCACUCCGUUAAGGUUGGAGUAGUAGUCGAGCCUGAUAAAGCGUCUCUGACCGAAGCUUGGAAAUCCUGGAUGGAAGAAUAUAUAAAAACCACAGGAAAGGUUCCACCAGGCAAUGAAACGGGGAAUGCUACUUGGAUUCGACAACCAUCAAAGAAGAAGGCUGAUCUCCGGCUUACACCUGGUCGUCAUGUCCAGCUAACAGUUCCACUAGAAGAACUCAUUGACCGGUUGGUUAAGGAGAACAAAGUGGUGGCUUUCAUCAAGGGAUCUCGAAGUGCUCCAAUGUGUGGAUUCUCUCAGAGAGUAGUUGGCAUUCUUGAAUCUGAAGGCAUGGAUUAUGAGAGUGUUGACGUGCUUGAUGAAGAAUACAAUUACGGAUUGAGGGAAACACUGAAGAAGUAUAGUAAUUGGCCCACAUUCCCACAAAUAUUCAUGAAUGGUGAGCUGGUAGGAGGGUGUGAUAUCUUGACCUCCAUGCAUGAGAAAGGUGAGCUCGCCGGUCACUUAAAAAAAUAGAUUAUUGAGUUCUUGAAAUCACCCUCUUAUGGAGAAUGUAGUAACACAGAAUAAUAAUAUUAGAAUACCAAGAUGUGGAGUUUUGUUGUAUGUUUGUUAUCUUGCUGUAGAUCUUAGGCAUGCAACUUCUAAGCUUUCAUUAUCCAAGUCAUAAACAAAGGGGGAAAUGGUUUCAUGUAAUUGAUUUUCUUGGAAACUCACAGACACACACAAACACAGAGGGAGACUGCGUGGAAUUGGGAGUUGGGACAUGUAUAAAUAUGUUUUUACUUGA